AUGGAGAAGGCAUAUUAUGUUGAAUUUGGUGAUGUUAUCUCGUUUGAUGUGACUUUCCAUACAAACAAGUAUCAAAUGUUUUUUGUUCCAAUUACUGCAAUUGGCCAUCAUAAAAAAAUCAGUUAUUGUUGGAGUGAGAUAUCAGAUUAUUUAUUUACGAACAAAAACUUUAGAAAAAGAUUCACGAAGCUUGUUUGGGACAUUAAUAUGAAACCUAAUGUCUUUGAGGUGACGUGGGGUUCGCUUAUGAAAGAAUUCAAUCUUGAAUACAUGAGAUGGUUUAAAGACAUGUUUACAAAACGUGAUUCAUGGAUACCUGGAUAUUUUAACGAUAUUCCAAUGUGUAGGUUGGUGAAGACUACGUCGAGGUUAGAGAGUAUGAAUUCAUUCUUUAAUACCUACUCAGAAAGUGGUAAUUUACUUUUGAAUUUCAUGAUGAAUUACGACACUGCCAUUCAAAAGCAAAGGAAUACUCAACGAGAGAUUGAUAAGACAUCAAACAAAGCAUCAUAUAGAAUUCAAACACCUCAAGAAAUAGAACACAAGCAUCAAAAGUUUAUACAAAUGGGUGGAAAGUUUACAUUGUGCAACACAACACUAGUAAAAGUGAAUUUAAAAAUGAAUUUAAGACAUGCUUUUACAAUAAUGAUGAGAUGUGGUGUUAAAGAAAUUCCUGAAAGAGAUGACAAAAAGAAAUUGGCCUUAUUUGCUGAGAAACAACAGUCAUUGUUAAAGGAAUUUGAGAGUGAUUAUACAUCUAGUGGAUUGAAAAGCAAGAAGGAUUGUGAAGUCGUAUGCAAGCUUAUGGGUGCUUCUAUUCCUAUUCUAGAAGAGAUUAAUAUUCAUGUUCCUCAAGUUCUAAGCAAUAAAGGUUUUGGAAUCAAGGAAAGAAUUUCAAGUGCAGGUGAAGCAGCAUAUGAAAACUCUAAAAAAGAACAUAGAAUGUGCUCAGGAUGUGGAAAACGAGUUCCUCACAAUUUACGUACACGUCCAGUAAGAAUUGCAGCAGUUCAAUCAACAAAAGACAUUUAG